AUGAUGUUUGAAAGUGCACUCUCCGAAGAAGUUGCUCGUAAAAUUGAAGUGCCAGAACUAACCCCGGAAAAUUGGAAUAGGCUUUGUGAUAUGUGGUCGAAUCUAGAGCAUAAGAAACGAUGUCAAGUAAACAAGGUCAAUCGAUCUAAACUUAAAUAUAGCCAUUUUAUGGGGUCAAAAGCAUUUGUAGCUGCUCGUGCUGAAAUGGGUGACACAACAUCUGAAGGGAUCGAACCUGAUAGAAUUGAGUUCUACAAAAAUACACAUUACUCAAAUGAAAAAGGCUGGGCAUCUGAAGAAGCUGAGACUAACUAUAACAACAUGAUUGAUUUGAAAGCUCUAUAUACUUCGGGAGAGUCUUCCAUGACUAUUGAUGAAAUUGUGGAUGCUAUACUCGACAAAAAGUCGGGGUACAUAAAAGGUCUCUGUUAUGGUCCAAAACCUAAUACUAAUCGAGCAACACAAAGGAGAACAUCAGAGUUAGAAGACUCCCUUCGAAAGACGAAGGAGGAAGCUGCUAGUGUCCAACUUGGUUUGCAGAAACGAUUGGAUGCAGCUGAAGUUGUUGUAGAAAAUCAGCAGUCUCAGAUAGAAACAUUAACUUCACAAUUAGAUACUCUAUCGGCACGUCAAGAUGAUAUUAUGAAACAGCUGCAACAUUUCAUGAGCUUAUCCUGA